AUGGCGCAUGCGCUGCUUUCAGUUAUUUCUGUCAUAUGCUUUGUUCUGGCUGCAGAACAGGAGAGAGUUGAAGAAGGCAAAGCUACAAUUGCAAAACAUGGGCUUGUCCCCAUAUGGAGCUUUUCACAGCUGAUCAUCCUGCAAUGUGUCUCUUUCUUUGCCUUCCUUCAGCUAAGCGAGAAGUACGGCCCCGUCUUCACACUGCAUUUCGGAGCAGAGCCUGUUGUGGUCCUGCAUGGCUACGGAGCGGUCAAGGAGGCCCUGGUCGACCGGGCCGAGGAGUUUGCAGCCCGAGGGAAACUGCCCUUAGCUGACAAAGUCGUCAAGGGACAAGGGAUCGUACUCAGCAAUGGGGAGAGAUGGAAGCACCUCCGGCGUUUUGCCCUGACCACCCUCCGCAACUUUGGGAUGGGAAAGAAAAGCAUCGAGGAGAGGAUCCAAGAUGAAGCCCAGUAUCUCCUGGAGGAGUUACGGGACACAAAGGAGCAACCUUUUGACCCGACCUUCUUUCUCAAUUGUGCCACCUCCAACGUCAUCUGCUCCAUUGUCUUUGGAAAGCGUUAUGAGUACAAUGACGAGAAGUUUCUAGCCAUGAUGAGCAUAAUCAAUGAGAACUUUAAUGUGUUUAGCUCUCCUUGGGGACAGCUGGCCAAUAUGUUCCCUUCCCUUAUGGAGUUCAUCCCUGGGCCUCAUCAUAGACUCAAGUCAAACUCCGUGAGAGGCAGAGAGUUUAUUUCAGAGGAAGCCAAGGCACACAAGGCAACCCUGGACCCCUCCUUGCCCCGAGACUUUGUCGACUGCUUCUAUAUUAAAAUGGAUCAGGAAAAGCAGAACGAUGCAUCCGUGUUCACCAUCGAGAACCUGGUUUCCUCCACAUCUGACUUGUUUGUGGCAGGAACAGAAACAACCAGCACCACCCUCAGAUAUGGCCUCCUGAUUCUCCAGAAAUACCCAGAAAUAGAAGGGAGAGUUCAGGAGGAGAUUGACCGGGUGGUUGGCCGCUUCCGAAGACCUUGCAUGACUGACCGGGGACAGAUGCCUUACACAGAUGCGGUCAUCCACGAGAUCCAGAGGUUCAUCUCUCUCGUCCCACUGAGUGUCCCUCAUGCAGUGGUCAAGGACACGCCAUUCAGAGGAUAUGUCAUUCCCAAGGGCACCACAAUACAUCCUCAUUUAACUUCAGUGAUGCAUGACAGCAGAGAAUUCCCCAACCCCACAGAGUUUGACCCACAGCAUUUCUUGCAUGAAGAUGGGACCUUCAGGAAGAGUGACUACUUCAUGCCAUUCUCGGCAGGGAAGCGGAUCUGCGCAGGAGAAGGCCUGGCCCGCAUGGAGCUCUUCUUGUUCUUCACCACCAUCCUCCAGAACUUCAAGCUGAAGCCUCUCACGGACCCCAAGGAGAUCGACAUCUCUCCCCUGGUGAACAAUUUUAUCAGCGUUCCCCGGCCUUACCGCCUCUGCAUUGUUCCUCGCUGAAAAGAUCAGCUCCAGACAUGGAUAUAGGAAAGAUCCGGCUGGGCUGACAACCUGAGAUACUCAGCCUUUGCUCCCACUUUAUGUUUUGCACCAUAAUCUGUUCAUGCAAGUAGACCAUAGAGGCCUGAAAGCCAUUGGAAGAUCAAGGGAAAGCAUGGCAUGUUAUCAAAACCUUUUACGUCAAACUGGUUGCAUCCCGUUCUCGACACGUGAAUGAUUCUCAAACAGUUUUAAAAUGUUUUUGGACUCACUAAAUUUUGCAAUACGUUUUUAAUCUGUUCGAAUUAUUCUGAGCUCUUGCCAUGUACAGCCCUGAGAGUCUGUGUGAUUCAGUGAGAUAGCGGUGCUUUAAUAAAUCUUGGAAUCACUGUGAAA